UUACAACAGUAUCGCUAGGUGGCGUAAAUACAUCUGUAAAGAGCAUUGAAAGGACUCCGUUGCCAUGGUGAUGACGCUUAUCAACGCAAAACGGUCGCAUACUAAGGGCAUCCGCUACUUGCGCAGUUUAUAUUAUUUAAGUAGCUCAGGGAGAUCUGACAGGAACACAGCCGACCGAGGCAAGCCGCUGGCAGCAUCACCGACAUGUCCUGCAAGGUGGAGUGCGCUUAGCCGCUGCGGCUAGCCCGUUCGACCACUAUUCAUUGCGCUUUAGCAGCUUCUUGACGGCCACGUAUUUUUAGCUGAAAGGUUCCAGGGGUGGUGGGAAUCCAAACAGAUAUCGCCAUGGCCUCAGCAAACGUAACUCUGGAGAAUCAGCUGCACAGUGCUCAGAAAAACCUGCUUUUUCUGCAGCAGGACCAUGCUAACACACUAAAGGGGCUUCACGCAGAGAUCCGUCGACUACAGCAGCAAUGCACGGAUUUGACAUAUGAGCUCACCGUGAGAAGCUCCGAUCCAUCAGACAGCAGCGAGGAACGAUGCAGGGAGCUGCAAAGGAGGUGUGAGGAGCUGGAGGCCCAACUUAAAAAGAAGGAGGAGGAGAACACAGAGCUGCUCCGGGACCUGGAGCAAAAGAACGCCAUGAUUUCUGUCCUGGAAAACACCAUCAAAGAGCGGGAGAAGAAGUACCUGGAGGAGCUUAAGAUGAAGAGCCACAAGCUGGCCGUGUUAUCUGGGGAGCUGGAGCAGAGGGCAAGCACCAUCGCUUACCUCACCUCGCAGCUUCACGCCACAAAGAAGAAGCUUUUGGCUGGAAGUUCCUCCGAGGCGAGUCCCAACGUCAGCCCCAUCAGCUCCUACAAGCCGACGCCUCCCCCCGCCAAGGACAGGCAGCCUGAAACCCCCCGUCGCCGGAUGAAGAAGAGCCUCUCCCAGCCUCUUCACCCGGAGCUAACGGAAGUGUAUCGCCUGGGCCCGGACGGCAGGCGGAUUGUCCUGCGAGAGCCGGUGGACGCCAUGCCGGACCCGACGCCGUUCUUGCAGGCGGGCCGGGAGUCUCCCGACGCGCAGCAGGUAGUGCGUGAGCGCCCCGCAGUCAUCCCUCCUAUCGUCUCCGACCGCUCCCCCAUUCCUCCCCUGGGCGCCGCGGCCAGCCCCCGACACAGCCCGGCUCGGGAGCGCCAGCACAGGGCCCACGUGGGUGUGGCGCACCGCAUCCCGCACGGCACCCCUCCCCUCGCCCCGCCGCAGGCCGAGCUGGAGACGCUGGCAGUGGACCAGGUCAACGAGGACAAGGUUCUGCAGAAGCGCUCAGAAGCCGAUAGGACAGUUUAACACUGCAAUGCUGCACCUGCGCAUUAACACAGAUGCACAUCUAGGGCCAGAUGCAUAAAACUCUGGUUUUAUGACUAAAAGGAGCGUGAGCACAAAGGCAAAAAUGUGUUUAUUAUGCAUUCUGUUUGCCAGAUUUAUAUAGAGUGCCUUGCAGAGGUAUUCAUACAGCUUGAACUUUUUCAGAUUUGAUCACGUCAUAACCGCUAACGUCAGUGUGUUUUAGGUGAUUUUCUGCUGCUAACGCAGUGCAUAACUUUAAAAAGGGAAGGAAAAUGAUACAUGGCUUUUUAAAAGUGUUUUAUAAACAAUCUGAAUAAUGUGGUUAAUACUCAUAUCAGUUUCCCAUGCUCUCAUACUUUGCUCAACCUUACGCUUCAUUUUUAAGUCUUUAGCAGCUUUUAACAGGUUCAGUUCCUAAUCACCCACCACCAUGUUUUACUGUUGAAGUGGUGUGUUCAGGUUGUUCUGGUUUUCUGCAAUACAUCGGUGUUUUUGCAUGUCUAAAGUUCACUUUUGGUCUGUUUUGUCACCUUCCUGCUACAAAAUGAAUUAAUAUUGAAUAUUUUUAAUGAAAUUAAUUUGCACAUGGUGAACUCUGCUUGGUCUGGAUUUGAUUUAGGGGUGUCCGAGUAUAGAGAGCCAAAUACAAAUGCAUGUAACGUUUUUGUUGUUUGUAACAUUUCAUAAACCGACUAUCAUUUUCCUUCCCCCGCACAAUGGAGCAGAAAUUUCUGUUGACCUAUUGCAUAAAAUUCAAUCAAAUGCACUGAAGUUUGUGAUUUUAAUGUAAAAUGUAAAAAAAAAAAAAGAAGAAGAAGAAGUUCAAGGCAUAUGAAUACCUUUAUCAGGCACUGCAGGAUGUGCUUCUGUCAGUACAUUCAAAUCAUUUUGAAAUUUUACACUCAUGCACUUCCGUCAUACUUUAACCCCAUUUCUGGCUUAAAGUAUGGAGGAAACAUGCUUAGUCUCGGCUGUGAACCCAUGAACACAACAAAGCCUGAAUUUAAAUCUGUUACAUAUGCAACUCCACUUUCUAAGUUCAAAGCAACAAACCUCAACGGAAGGAAAAUAGAAACAGUAUUGCACACGUGGGGCUUUAAAGCACACGAGCUGACAUAUCAUCCUCCGCAAAAAGCUAAAGCAGCAAAUAAUGGUUCUAUUAAAGUCUUACCAAGGUCUUCCAACUCCUCCA